UGCUCUGUGUUUCCCAUAGAUUGUGUCAGACACGGAGAUGGGUUGCUUUGGCAGAAAUCAAGACAUGGGAGGACUACGCUUGUAAAUAGACAAAAGCAAAACUACAACAGACAUGAGAGUUGUCGCUGUGGCCUUUUACGCUUGUGCGUUAGGGCUUCUGGCGAUGGGCCUGCGAGAAUUAUUGUCGGGAUUCGAAGAAAAUAGGUGUAGCAUGACCUAUAUGUUUGAGUACCCGGAGUACCGGCGGGUGCUCCUGCCGCGGCGUGUGUCCAGGCUGUACCCGGCCUAUGGGCUGUACCUGUACGGCGAGGGCCAGUACGCUCAGGAGACACACACACUGAAGCUCAGCGGCACCCCCGUGCUCUUCCUCCCUGGCAACGCAGGCAGCUACAAACAAGCUCGCUCGCUGGGCUCGGUGGCCCUGAGGAAGGCAGAGGCCCUGGAGGGCGGCCUGCAUCUCAACGUGUUCACCGUGGACUUCAACGAGGAGCUGGUAGCGUUGUACGGAGGCAGCCUGAGGAGACAGACUCUCUUCCUGCACGAGAGCAUCAAGGCCAUCCUGCGUCUCUACAAGCACCGCGAAGCGCCCCCUCGCAGCGUGGUGCUGGUGGGCCACUCCAUGGGCGGGGUGGUGGCCCGGGCCCUGUUCACCCUGCCCCGCUUCAGCCCUGCCCUGGUCAGCCUCAUCCUCACCCUGGCCUCGCCCCACCAGGCCCCCCCACUCUCCCUCGACACACAGCUGCUGGAGUUCUAUUCUGCCGUCAGACAGAGGUGGGUGGAUCGGGGGGACGACUUGCGUAACGUGACGGUGCUUUCCAUCGGGGGUGGUUACCGUGACUACCAGGUGCGCUCCGGUCUGACGGCCCUGCCGUGUGUCACAGGCGAUCCUAGCAAGCUGUCUCUGGUGGUCACAGCCGUCCCCAGGACCUGGGUCUCUACAGACCACCUGUCCAUUGUGUGGUGCAAAGAGCUGGUCCUCGCUUCUGUGAGAGCGUUCUUCGAUCUCAUCGACCCUCAGUCAGGACAGUUUUCAGAGGAUCCAGAGAGGAGAAUGGCCGUUCUGAACCAUCACUUCAUCAGACAUCCUGUCCACAUGCUGAACGAACCACAAGAGGCCCCCUUCUCCUUCUCAGGUUCUCCUGAUGUGUGGAGCGAGGUGAACACACUUCGCCUGGCUUAUACCGCCCCGAAGGAAGGCCAAGUCAAGUACUUCCUGUUUGCGUUGUCCAGUCGCAGGAGAGCCUACAGUCACUUCUACUGCCGGAGCACAAGCCUGGAAAUGACCAGCUGGGUUUACGGUUGCACUCAGAGGAAUGGAUCUAUGUGUGUUCAAGCGGUAGAUCUGUCCUUAGGGACUGAACUUCUACCAGCCUACAAGGUUGUGAUCCUGAGGCUCAGAGACAUGUCUGCAGUCUCUCAUCUGGUCGUAGGAGCCUCUAACCUCAAUGGCAAGCAGUUCACGGUGGAGUGUGAGUGGCAGCGAGAGGAGUCUCAGACCAGAUCUGUGUCCGUACCGCACGUUCUCUCCUUCGGUAUGACUGCUAGCGAUGUCACUGUCAACUCCUCUGGACUUCUCCACAUAAUAGAGCUGAAGCACUUUCACCAGGUGUAUCAGGCCUUUAGAAUCAACGUUGUGAGCCACUGCAAGGUCACCAAAGACCGGCUGCCUAACGUAUACAGGAUGAAGGUGCCCUGGUUUAGGGAGGACUCACUCACCACUUCCAGCGUUCCCUCGGUAACAGAGCUAUCAGGCAUGCUCCACACCAGUCGCCCUGACAACACCUCAGGUGUCCUCCUGCAGCUCCACACUGCCCCCAACUGCCAGUACAAGGUGUCAGUGAGGACUUCAUUUCCCAGGGUGCUCGGACAGGUGCUGAGGGUGUGUGGCCAGGUGUUGCCUGUGUACACGGCUGUAGCGCUCCUCCUGGCCUGCAGGGGGCAGCUGUCCUCCAUCGUGAGGACGGGGGGCUCUCUGGAGAUGAGCCAGGCUGUGGAACGAAGCCUGCAGCCCCACAAAGUAGACCUGCCCAUCUACCUGCUGCUGCUGCUGCUUAGACAAAGCUGGUUCCAGGAGGGCUGGUCAGCUCUCUGUCUCCCCCCUGUGGACGCACUCCCCUCCACCUCCCCUGAUGGUUCCUCCCACACGGCCCCGCCCGAUGAAUGGCCCCGCCUAUUGGCCCCCCUGCCUUACGUGCUGGGAGCUGCUGUUGCAUUCUGGGGCAGCACAGUCCUCCGGCUCUCCAUCCGCCUCCUGUCUUUGCUGCUAGCUCCCCUGCACAGACCCUCUGUCUCUCAGGACUGUGGCACCCUGUGUCUUCGCACCCAGCUUCUCCUCAUCAUGUCUCUCAGCCUCCUGGGUGGGACUUCCUGUGGAGCCCUGUCAAUCACUGCCAGCUUCCUGCUUCACCUCUAUAGAGUGCUAAAACUUCAAAUGACAGAGAGGUCGUUGAGUCACAUGCUUAACCUGGCCCCACAGAAGCAGAGGGAGCAGGAGAACGGCAGCACGGACGUCAAGCCGCACGCCACGCCGAGGGAGUGCAACGGCGCCCCCCUGCUGUCGGAGUGUGUACUGCAGGGCGUGAGGUCCGACCUGCAGCUCCACCUCAGCCUGUCGGCUCUGUUCACCGUGCCGCUGAUGCUGAGCGCUCCCUCUCUCCUGCACUGGUCACGCAGUCUGAGGUAUUCCACCCAGCUGGAUCCUGACCCCUGCUGGCCUCACACUGUGCCUCUCCUCAUUUCCAACGUGCUGCUGAUCAACUGUGAUGUUGUGAAGCUCAGCAACAGUAAACUCCUGCCUCUGACGUCACACUUCCUGCUGCCCAUCUCAAUCGCCAUGGUGACUUUCUCACCGCUCCAUCUAUACCGUGUGACCUACUUCCUGUCGGCGGCCCUGCCCCUGCUGGCCAUUUCCUGUUUUGUGUGAUGCAUGUCACAGAGAGCUGGCUGUCGGCUGGGCCUCAGGCCUGAAACAGCCCAGGUCAGGGGUGUACAAGCAGCUCUGUCAGUCACCCACGUGCUGCUCUUGAGCAGAGAGACACAGAUAACAGUAUUAACCCCUUCCUAAAUCCACCCCUCACUACGACCAGCUUGAUUUGGGAGAUCUAACGCAAACAGACGAUGAUUCAUCCACUUGCUGGUUGAACUGCCCAUCCUUCCAGCUGUCCAUUCCACUCAGACCUCCAGAAAGGUUUACUCUUUCAGUUGUAGGGUCUGGUUCUGUGCCAUGUGGGCACCAUAGGUCUGUCUGGGGAGGAUGGAAUCACCUGGUAGUCUUUGAUGCUCCUGUGGAAUUUGUGUGAGUUACAGCUCCACUCUGGCUCACCUGAGGAGGAACCAGAGAUUACCACCUGGGUGUUACUGAUGUGCUUUCAAAACAAAUACACUACUGUGGGCAUAUGGUAUGGUGUGUUUGUGAUCUCGAGGGUGUUUGUCUUGGAGAUGGACGGAUGGAUGGAUAAAUGGACGACCAUUUUCAUCCCUCUACCUUAUCUGUCAAGGGCCCUGCUCACCUGGGCUGCUACUCAGCACCAAGCUGUCCUCACCUCUAGAGCUGUGAAGCUCUGAGCCUUAACCCCCCCCCCCCCUGCUCAACACCCAGGCUCCACCUCAGAAACCUCUACAGCUCCAGGAAUUUGGUUCAUUUGAAUGUAACAGGAUUUUCGCUAGCCCGGGUACGUAGAUGAUAAAUCAUUGUAUUAUUAUGAAUUGUUUGAAUUGCAAGGAUGCAGUGUUUCACCAUGUCAAAUACUGCUGACUUUCAUUAUGGUCAAGUUGCAAAUCUGGUUGUUUAGUUACUUUAGGACAUAAAGACAUAAUAAUGGCUUACAUUGUUCAUACAUUUUCAUUAAGGGGAGUCUGGCAAGUUUGAGUAAUAAGGUUUUUUAAAUGUAUUAUUUGUUACAAUUGUCCUUAACUAUUAACUGUUUAGCCUCAGAAUUCAAGAUGGAUCCGCUGGUGCUGGGAGAUGUAAUUGAAAUAUGGUGAACGUGUUUUAAAUUUGUAAAACGCUGAAGCAAAGAUGGUGUCAUAUCACUGCCACUGGCACACCAAGGCCAGAACGCCUGUUGCUGUUUAAAUGCUGUGGUUUUUAGAUUUUUGUUGGUUUCUUUUUGGGGGUUGCCAAAACUUUAGUUUGUUGUUGUGUCUACACUUUGACACUCACCAGCAUCUUUGUUCUUCAGCUCUCGUUUGGUAUCUGUUGGUCAGAACAGCCAGUGCCUUUGUGCCGAUAAGCCCCCUCAUCUGUCAACACACCUGGCCGGACACUCUUGUCACAGAGACCAGCAUCUCUGACAAACUGAUCUAGCCUCUGCUGUUUUCUGCAGCAGGCUGCAACCUGAGCAAGCCCACCUGAAAGUUACGAGAAGGUUCUAAGACAGCCAUUCUCAUCCCUGCUCCAACACACCUGAUUUAAAUGAAUGGGUCUUUAUCAAGCUCAGAGGUAAACUGAUAGCGAUCCUUUCAUUUGAGUCAGGUGUGUUGGAAGAAGGAAACAUGUCAAACAUGCAUAUAAGGACCUGGGCUGCAAAAGGCUGCUUUAAGAGUUUGGGGAAUUUUACAGAUGUGUCAGUUGUCUUUCAGUAACACCACAGCAGUAAUGGACCACUUGCCUUUUGACGUGAUAUUAGAAACAUGCUGUUCUGUUAACGUAUGUGUGCUGGCAGCUGCAACCAACACUUCUUUUCAAGUAUCACUACUAUCGACAGAGAUGUUAACACAACAGGCUAAGAAUGAAAACCUUUCUCUUCUCCUGUCCGCUCCUGGGACCAAAACCACACACACUCCCUCCACAAUGACACCCGUGUCACAUGCACUGUGAAUGUACCUGCAUCUGUGUACAGGUAUAUACUGUGUUUGAGUGUAGAGAAGAUGUUGCGUUAUCAACGCUUUUGUGUGUACAGUAUGUCUCCUAUAUAGGCUAUUUUAGUGCUUUUAAAACGCACUCUUAUGUCAUUCCAACCGUGAACAGAUAGCUAUAUCUUGUGGUGAAAGUAGUAGAAAUGACAGUGUUUUCUACAGUGUUUUCUAUGAACAUGAUUGUGUUUUUUAUUGGUGUUCACUGUGACCGUGCCGUAACUUCUCAAGCAGAGGGUGUCGUAUCCUCAGUCAAGUUGAUAAGGAAGCUCUCGUUCUUACAAAAGCUCAGAAAAUGUCCCUGACCUCCUGGUGAAUUAUGCUCACGGACGUUAUGAUGGGAACUGUCAUUCAAAACAGACAGUUUGUACAACAAUAUCUGACAGGAUAUUUCAUUUUAGCAACUGUGACAAGUCUUAAAUCCAGACGUGUUUCAGUGUCUUCUGACGUCUAACCUGCUUUGGUGGACCUUUGACCAAAGGGUCUGCAGCUGACUUGAGAAUCAGCUGAUCAGCAUCUCCAUGGUUACUCAAUACUAGACAGAAUUUAGACAAUGUUAUGCUGUUCUGCGAGUAAAGAGAAGACCCAUGGUAAUGUUAUUAAACCGUUAAUCAUUCAUUUGCAAGCUGCCUUGAAAUCUGAAGGAAUCUUUAUGUUGUACAUAAAGUGUCUGAUGUAAGUAGGCGUGAAUCAGUGUCAUUGCAGUGGCUGAUGUUGUAUUUGAAACCAUGACAACCAGAGUCCUUAGUUAUUGGAUGGAUUUCCAGACUUGCACAAGAGAUGACUGCAGUAAUAACACAAAUAAAAACCAUGACAGACUCA